AUGCUUUUUACAAUUGGUCGUAUCUUUCGACGAAUGAUGUCGUCUACUCCUACUAGUCAUUUUAUUACUUUAUCGAAUCGUCCUAUUGUUCAAGAAAAUGGUGAAAUUAGUCAAGGGAGACUUAAACUUCAUUAUUGGGAAUGGAAAGGUCAUCAACCAACAAUACUUGUUUGUCAUGGUGCUGCACUCCAUAGUCGAUGCUAUGAUCGUAUUAUCAAUGAAGCAUUAUCUGGUUUUCAUGUUAUCUCUCUUGACUUUCGUGGUCAUGGUCAAUCACAAAAACAUCCUCUUCCAUAUCCCUUUCCAUGGUUUGGUGGAGAUCUUUUACAAUUUAUCGAAAUGCUUGACCUAUCUAAAAACGACCUUCUUGGUAUUGGCCAUUCCUUAGGUGGACAUGCAUUAAUAUUAGCUGCUGCGUUAGCACCUAGACAACUUUUUCGAUCGUUACUUUUACUUGAUCCUGGUAUAUAUUCUUCGUACAUCUAUGAAGUAGGAGUUAAAAACAUAGAGAAAUUUGUAAGACUUGCUCAACAGAAAAAUCAAUGGUUGUCUGUAGAAGAUAUGAUAUCAAAAAUGGACAAACCUGAACGACUUGGUUAUUGGCCAAAAGAUGUUCUUCGUAAUUAUUGUACAUAUGCUAUUGAUGAGAAUUUUAAACUUCAAUGUACAUCUGAACGAGCGUGGCAUCUUUAUCUAACAAGUGUCCAAUCUGACUCAAAUAUUUAUCAAACCAUUAAAGAUUCAAAAUUUAUCCAUAAUAUUCCAAUUCAUGUUGUUAGAGCAUCAAAAUCUGUAACAACUAAUAAUAUUCCAAUUCCACCAACGGCAAUUGAUCUUGCCACGUGGUUCAAAAAAGGACGAGAUACACAAUUAAACGAGAGAAAUCAUUCAUUUCCAAUGGAACAACCUGAAAUUAUGAUUAAUUUUGUGAAAGAGAUGAUCGAAGAAUAUAAAAAUCUACGUUCUCAUCUCUAA